GAAUAGAGCAGCGUUUAUUGGUCAGAGUACUGUGGUAUGCUGGAGUGUCGUAUCAAGGGAUGGGGCUCCGUUAUGAAAUUCCGACUAUAGGUUGUUGGAGAGUUUUAUUUACAGACCAAAUGCAAAAUGAUAUGGGAUUAGAAUAGAGGGAACCACUGCAGUGAAAGGUCAUGGAUUCCCCUAUCCUUCUUCUCCUAGCCCUCCUGAUCGCUCUGAUCCAAUGUUUUCCUGAUGACUACCACAGUCACAACAGCACCCGUCACCAUGACUACUGUGUGCUUGGAGCCGGGCCCGCUGGCCUUCAGAUGGGUCACUUUCUCUCCAAGAGUCAGAGAGAUUACAUCAUCUUGGAGAGGAACUCGGGGCCAGGGAGCUUCUUCAAUAUAUACCCUCGACACAGGAAACUCAUCAGCAUCAACAAGAUCUACACAGGAAGGCGGAACCGCGAGUUCAACCUUCGUCACGAUUGGAACUCCCUCCUGAGUGACAGGCCCGACCUGCUGCUUCAGCGAGUCAGCCGGGAGCUCUACCCAGAUGCAGACUCAUUCCCCCGCUACCUCUCCAUGUAUGUGAAGGAGCUGGGGCUGAAGGUCCAGUAUGGGGUGGACAUUGGGAAGAUCAGGGCCUCAGAGUCUGAAUCAACUAGAGGCAGGGGAUACAUACUGACUGACCAGCAUGGACUGGACUAUACAUGCAGAGUCCUACUGGUGUCCACAGGACUGUGGGAUCCUCAGAAGGUCCAGUUUGAGGGCUCAGACCUGGUGGAGGGCUAUGAGUCCAUCCCUGUGGACCCAGAGGAGUAUAAGGACCAGGCCGUGCUGAUCCUGGGUAAGGGGAACUCAGCAUUCGAAACAGCUCAGAGCAUCCUGGGUCGGGCCAGCCGGAUCCAUCUCUACAGCCCGAGCCCGGUCCGCCUAGCCUGGCAGACACACUACGUCGGAGACCUCAGAGCUGUGAACAAUGAGCUGCUAGACACGUACCAGCUAAAGUCCCUUGAUGGGCUGGUGGAGGGAGGCCUUGAGGACAUUGCUAUCGUCAGAAAUGGAGAGGAUGAAAAGAAGCGCUCAGGCAGAAAGAAGAAGUGCAGAUCCAGUGGGAAGGAAAAGCGUGGCAAGUUGUUCCUUACUCUAUCUGAGUUAUUGGACAGUUCGGAUGGGAGGAACAGUUCAAAGGUCACAGCGACAAACCUGCCUGUGUACCACAAUGACAACUUCUCUCUCCGCCAGCCAUAUGAUCGUGUGAUCCGCUGCCUGGGGUUCCGGUUCAACUUCAGCAUCUUUGAUGGCUCUGCCCGCCCACCAAGCAGUGAGGGUGCCAGGGGGCGGUUGCCAGGAGUGACAGCAUGGUACGAGGGGCGGGGAACCCCAGACCUUUUUGUUUUGGGGACGGCUGCACACUCAAGAGACUAUCGCUCUUCUGCAGGGGGGUUCAUCCAUGGCUUCCGAUACACAGUGCGUGCUGUACAUAGAGUCCUUGAGCUGCGUUACCAUAGCAACUCAUGGCCAGCAAUCAAACUGUCAAUCAGUCAGCUGCAGUCCUGGCUGUUGAGGAGGGUCAAUGAGGCCUCCGGACCGUACCAAAUGUUUGGGGUACUUGGAGACAUCAUUUUACUAAGAGGCUCUCACUGUGAGUAUCUGGAGGAGUUUCCCCUCCAGGCUCUGCCCCAGUUCUCUUCUCUGUCUGGCCACCAGCUCUCCAAGCAUGGGCUGCUGGUUCUGGUUCUACAGUAUGGGCUGAACCGCACAGACUCACUGGGCCCUGGCAGGGCAGAGUCAGAGUGGACCCGUGCCUGGAGGUCCAACUUCCUCCACCCUGUUCUAUAUUACUACGACAAACUUCCCACUGAGAGGGACAUGAGACACCGUCCUGUUGGCUGGCCAUUGCCACGGCCCAAGGCAGUGCAUCACAUGAUCGAGGACUUCUUGACUGAGUGGGAUGGGCCCAUCUCCCACAGCCAGCCACUGCGGCGCUUCCUGGAACACUGUCUCCACACUGACCUCAGGGCCUUCUAUGCAGAGUCAUGUUUCCGCUUUUCCCUUACCAAUCAAAAGCCACCCCUGUUUUGUCGUCAGGGAUACCUGAGGAAGCAUGGGGUUGUUAGGAAUAGUCAGCUGUGGCAGCAUGCCCAUGAUGCUGGGCUAAUGCCUGGAGGACAGGACUCUGCAUCCCCAGACACAGACCCAUCGUUCCCUGAUUACCUUACACGAGCUGGAACCUCAGUGUCCUCUGCAAUAAACCUCGACUUCUGAUUGUUUACCCAAGGAUCCUAAAACUAAGCCUAUGACAGUUUUGAUGUCCCAAGACAUUCUCUACCUCUCAUUAUAAUGUCCAUGAAUAUAUACAGUAUACAGAGUCUACAAAACAUUAAGAACACCUUCCUAAUAUUGUGUUGCACCCCCCCCCCCCCCCCCCCUCCCUCUUUUGCCCCCAGAACAGCCUCAAUUUUUCGGGGAAUGGACUCUACGAGGUGUCGAAAGCGUUCCACAGGGAUUCUGGCCCAUGUUGACUCCAAUGCUUCCCGCAGUUGUGUCAAGUUGGCUAGAUAUCUUUCGGUUGAUGGACCAUUCUUGAUACACACGGGAAACUGUUGAGUGUGAAAAACCCAGCAGUGUUGCAGUUAUUGACACAAACCUGUGUGUCUGGCACCUACUACCAUACCCUGUUCAAAGGCACUUAAAUCUUUUGUCUUGCCCAUUAACCCUCUGAAUGGCACACAUACACAAUCCAUGUCUCAAUGUUUUAAAAUCCUCCUCCCCUUCAUCUACACUGAUUAAAGUGGGUUUAACAAGUGACACCAAUAAGUGUGUCAUGGAAAGAGCAGGUGUUCUUAAAGUUGCGUACACUCAGUUUGUGUAUACUGUACCAGUCAAAAGUUUGGAUACACCUACUCAUUCCAGGUUUUUUCUUUAUUUUUACUAUUUUCUAAAUUGUAGAAUAAUAGUGAAGACAUCAAAACUAUGAAAUAACACAUAUGGAAUCAUGUAAUAACCAAAAAAGUGUUAAACAAAAAUAAAUAUAUUAUACAUCUAAAUAUAUUUUACAUUUGAGAUUCUUCAAAAGUAGCCACCCUUUGCCUUGAUGACAGCUUUGCACACUCUUGGCAUUCUCUCAACCAACUUCAUGAGGUAGUCACCGGAAUGCAUUUCAAUUAACAGGUGUGCCUUGUUAAAAGUUAAUUUGAGGAAUUUCUUUGCUUCUUAAUGCGUUUGAGCCAAUCAGUUGUGUUGUGACAAGGUAGGGUUGGUAUAGAAGAUAUCCCGAUUUGGUAAAAGACCAAGUCCAUAUAAUGGCAAGAACAGGUCAAAUAAGCAAAUGACAGUCCAUCAUUACUUUAAGACAUGAAGGUCAGUCAAUAUGGAACAUUUCAAGAACUUUGAAUGUUUCUUCAAAUGCAGUUGCAAAAACCAAGAGCUAUGAUGAAACUGGCUCUCAUGAGGACUGCCACAGGAAAGGAAGACCCAGAGUUACCUCUGCUGCAGAGGAUAAAUUAAUUAGAGUUACCAUCCCCAGAAAUCGUAGACACAUCUCAACAUCAACUGUUCAGAGGAGACUGCAUGAAUCAGGCAAUUGUCGAAUUGAUGCAAAGAAACUACUACUAAAGGACACCAAUAGGAAGAAGAGACUUGCUUGGACCAAGAAACAUGAGCAAUGGACAUUAGACCGGUGGAAAUCUGUCCUUUGGUCUGAUGAGUCCAAAUUUGAGAUUUUUGGUUCCAAAUGCCGUGUAUUUGUGAGAAGCAGAGUAGGUGAACGGAUGAUCUCCGCAUGUGUGGUUCCCACCAUGAAGCAUGGAGGAGGAGGUAUGAUGGUGUGGGGGUGCUUUGCUGGUGACACUGUGAUUUAUUUUGAAAUCAAGGCACACUUAACCAGCAUGGCUACCACAGCAUUCUGCAGCGAUACGCCAUCCCAUCUGGUUUACGCUUAGUGGGACCAUCAUUUGUUUUUCAACAGGACAAUGACCAAAAACACACCUCCAGGCUGUGUAAGGGCUAUUUGACCAAGAAGGAGAGUGAUGGAGUGCUGCAUCAGAUGACCUGGCCUCCACAAUCACCCGACCUCAACACAAUUGAGAUGGUUUGGGAUGAGUAAGACCGCAGAGUGAAGGAAAAGCAGCCAGCAAGUGCUCAGCAUAUGUGGGAACUCCUUCAAGACUGUUGGAAAAGCAUUCCAGAUGACUACCUCGUGAAGCUGGUUGAGAGAAUGCCAAGAGUGUGCAAAGCUGUCAUAUUUUUAUAUUUUAAACACUUUUUUGGUUACUACAUGAUUCCAUAUGUGUUAUUUCAUAGUUUUGAUGUCUUCAAUAUUAUUCUACAAUGUAGAAAAUAGUAAAAUAAAGAAAAACCCUUCAAUGAGUAGGUGUGUCCAAACUGACUGUAUAUUCCAAAUAUUUUGGUUGAACAACCAUCCUGAUUCCUCUGAGAGUUGACUGCUUAUCCCAUUGUAUUCCUUAAAUCAUAUUUUAUAUUACACUAAAUUGUGGAAUGUUUUAUAUGAUGAAACUUUAGAUUUGAAUGUGUGUACAAACAGUAUGGGCGAUGUUGGGUUUUCAUUACAUGGUGAUCUAUGAAUUAUGCAUUAUUUAUUUUUUAUACUAUUUGUGUAGGCCUACUACUGGUAUUUAUCUGCUUACUUUAUUUUCUGUUUUAACAGAUGUACGACAUUAAAGAGAGAGAACAUAAA